UUGAAGGGAAUGUUGGCGUUGGGGCAGGGUGCGAGGUAGCAGAGUCUUGCACGCAGGCGAAGGAAAGGCAACGACCACCAAAGAGAGAGGGGCAAGGAGAACAGCACCUUUGUGUUGCAGAGUCUACUCUCCAUUCAACAACAAUUACCAUGCGCGUUCACGCGGGGUUUAGUUGCGGACGGCGUGUACGGCAUCUCGCCAAAGGUUGCGCACUCGCCCACUCCUGUUUUCUCUCGUUUGUCUCGCUUGGGGGCGGUGGCCGGUAGCAGGCGUUCCAGAGAGCUACUAGCUUCGGCGAGGAGAACACGGCCAUGGGAGAGUACGAGGAGCAGCAGAGGAGGUGCGGCAUCGAAGCGGAGACGCUGCCGGACCCGCAGGAGCGAGCGUUGGCCCGCGCGCGCAGCAAGGAGUGGCACGCCAAGGUGGCCGUGGCGGCGAAGAAGAUCGCCGAUGCCGAGGCGGCGGGGCUCCGCGCCCCCAUGUCGGACCUGCACCGGCGGUCGGCGGAGCGCCUCCGCGACCUGUGCAGCGUCAACGGAGGCGUGUACGUGAAGCUGGGGCAGCACCUGAGCCAGCUCGACUUCGUCCUGCCGCCGGAGUUCAUAGAUGUUUUGAGGUGUAUGUUGGACCAGGCGCCUCAAACCCCCAUAGAAGACGUGCGAGAGGUUAUCCGAGAGGAGCUGGGCGAGUACCCCGAGACUCUCUGGCGGACCUUCGACCCGAAGGCGAUAGCGUCGGCAUCGCUGGCGCAGGUCCACCGCGCGGAGGGCUGGAACGGAGAGCAGUUGGCUGUGAAGGUUCAGCACCGAGGCCUCCGGGAGACGUCGAAGGGCGACGUCGACGCCGUGUGCCUGGUGGUCGCGGCCGUGGACAGGCUGUUCCCCAAGUUCUCGUACAAGUGGCUCGCCGACGAAGUGGAGCGGAACCUCCCCCGGGAACUCGACUUCCUUCACGAGGCCAGCAACAGCCGCAGGUGCAGUCGGGCCGGGUAG